AUCUCUUUCGACCCUCCCAUUCCUUAACCUGGCGUGUCUGGCUGUCAGUCACGUAAACUGUCCAUAUUUCCGCUCUGGACUAAGUGGAUUCAUACAAGAUGAUGACGCCUAUGCGUUACGUUCUGCUGGUACUGGGUAUCAUAAUUGGAUUACAUUUUAUCCUUAGCGUCUCUCAUGAAGAAUAUGGACGAGCGACAUCAUUGUCUAACCUUGCCGACCAAUUCCGUGCACCCAAUCCUCCGUAUAAGAACACCGUGCCGGACGAGUACUACGCACCCUCCGACAACACGACUCACCCAGGACGGAGGGCUAAUGCAGUGAUUGUCAUGCUUGCGCGGAACAGUGAUCUGCCUGGCGUAGUAUCUAGUAUGAAGCAGUUGGAAGACCGCUUCAACAAGAAGUUCCGGUAUCCCUACGUCUUCUUGAACGAAGAAGACUUCAGUGACGAGUUCAAGGAUCGCAUUCUUACCAUCACGGACUCCGAGGUCCAGUUUGGUCUUAUACCCCACGAUCACUGGUACCAGCCCAGUUGGAUAGACGAGGACAAGGCCAGCGCAGCUAGAGCUGACAUGAUUAAGAAUAAUGUCAUAUAUGGAGGCAGCGUACCAUACCGGAACAUGUGCCGCUUCAACUCAGGCUUCUUCUACCGGCACGAGCUGUUGAAGAACUACAAGUAUUACUGGAGAGUUGAGCCCGAUGUCAAGUUCUUCUGCGAUCUUGACUAUGACCCUUUCCUGAUCAUGGAGGACGGCAGUAAAGUCUACGGCUUUACCGUCUCCUUGUACGAGUACGAGGCUACCAUACCUACACUCUGGAAUGCGGUUAAGGAGUUCAUCAACGCGAACCCGGGUUUGGUGGCAGAGGAUAAUGCCAUGGCAUUCCUUUCAGAUGAUGGUGGCGAAACAUAUAACCGCUGUCACUUCUGGAGCAACUUUGAGAUCGGAGACCUUGACUUAUGGCGAAGCGAAGCCUAUUCCAAGUUUUUCGAUUUCCUGGAUGAGAAGGGUGGUUUCUACUACGAGCGAUGGGGAGACGCACCUGUCCACAGCAUAGGAGCCGCCCUGUUCGCUCGGAAAGACCAGAUCCACUUCUUCAACGACAUUGGUUACCGGCAUGAACCUUUCCAGCACUGCCCUCAAGGCGCGGCACACAAGCGAGGAAAGUGCUGGUGCGACCCGAAACAAAACUUCGACUAUGAGUGGUACUCUUGUCUGAACAGAUAUGACAAGUUAUUCUAGUCUCGUCCACUAUGUAUGACUAGUUGCAUAUUUAUUUUACCAGGACGCUUGGAUUGGCGGCUGCGCAUUGGCAGGCUUGCGCUAAUAGCCAUAGUCUGAACUACUAUGUUGAGACCAGCUGCAUGGGAAGUCAAUGCAAUGGGUGAAUAAGAGCCCGCGUCGCGGAGCACAAAU